AGCACUGUACUUAUGUAGAUUUGGUGAACAAGUAAAGUUAAAAAAAAAUGUUACAUUACUGUAAAGGGAUGUUCUUGAUGGCAUGAACAUAAAUAUUGUGUUCUGCAUCAUGUGGUUUCAAGAAUCAGAAAAGGAACAGGAACGUCAGAACUUGAUUCAGAAAAUGAAGCAGGAACAGACUAUAAGAGAAGGAGUUGAAUCUGCAAAACGUAUAGAGGAUAUGCGACUUCUGAGAAGGUUAGAGCUGGAGCAAGAAGAGAGGAAAGCACUUGAAAUAUUGACUGAAGAAAGUAGAAGAAGACACAUGUUGGAAGAACAGAGAAAGAAAGAAGAAGUAGUUGCUUGUGAACUAGAAAGACAGAAUAAGAAUGCUAUCAAAGAAGAAAAGUUUCGCCAACAAAUUCGUCUGAACAGUUUAGAAUUAAGAGAACUUGAAUCCAAACUAAGAGAAGCAUAUGUGAGUAAAGAAAGAGCACUUCAGUUAGCUGAAAAAGAAGUACAAAAAGCUAUUAAAAAAAGUGAAGAAGAAUGGUGGUCGAAAGAGCUAGAAAAAAUCAAGGAAGAUAUCGAAAGGAGUGAAAAAGAAAAGCAAGUUAAAGACUUUAAGAUGAAAAUUCUGUACCAAAAGCAACUAGAUGACCAAAUUGAAGAACAAGAAAAGAAGAAAGAAGCUGCCUAUUUGGAGUUUAUGCAUGAAAAAUUUAUGAUAGAUCAGAUUGUUGCAAAGAUAAUGGAAGAAGACCAAAAAGAACUGGAAGAAAAGAUCCAUAAGCAACAAAAAACAAAAACAUUUCUUGAGGAAUCCAGGAGGUCAAGACAAGAAUUGGAAGAGAAGGAAAAGAGAAGAAAUGAAAAAGAGAACCAAGAGAUAAGAGAGUACCUGACGUACCAAGACAUUCGUAAAGAAGAGCAAAAACAGGAAAGACGUUUGAAAAAUGAAAAGUAUGAAGAGCUUCAGCAAAUACUACAAGCCAUUUUGGAAAAGCAGAAAGAAGAACGUGAAGAAUUAGAAACAUUGCGGUUAGAGCUUGAUGCUGCGGAGAAGGAGGAGGAGCAGAGAAGAAGAGAUAAAGAAGAAAUUGAAAAUAAGCUUCGACAGCGUGUCGAGUGGAAAAAAAUUCAAGAAGCAGAAUUAGAAUUAAAGGCAAAAAGACAAGAUGCAGAAAAGGAAGAAGAGGAAUACUAUAGAAAGUCUCUACUACAAAAGUAUGCAGAAGACGAUAGACUUGAGCAAUUGACAAAAGAAAAGCGUUGGCUAAAACAACUGGAACACAGAAAGGAAGUUGAAAAACUUAUAAAAGAAAGGCGAGCUCAACGGCUUGCAGAAGCAGAAAGAGAGAAAGAUGAAGAGAAACGACAAAAAGAAAUGGAACAACAACGCAAAGAAAUAAUUGAAGAAGAAAGACAGCGUCUGCUUAAAGAGCAUGCAGAAAAACUUCUUGGCUACCUCCCCAAAGGUGUAAUAAGAAGUAAAGAAGACCUAGAAAAAUUAGGAAGUGUACUUCAAGAAUAUUAUUCACAAAAGUAUACUGAAGAGGACUGAAUGAAAUUGAUAUGAAUUAAUAAGUUUACUGUUAUGAACGAAAUAUCUUCAAAAAUCCUAAUUUUGACUGAAGUAAAAUGAAUUUCAUGGUGUUAGUUGUAAUAAAUAAGAGGGUGUUUGUGACUUAGA